CGUCCUGUUUCCAGCCACUCUCCGUUCUCGCCGGGGCUCUGGUGUGGCGAGCGCGCUGGCUGGCCCCCAGCCCCCCGGCAUGGCGCAGGAGGCGGCCCCCGUCCUGCUGGUUGUCCUCGCCAGGCUGGUGGCAUCCACGUGGCACGAAGGGUCUGGCUACUACACGGCCGAGAGUCACACCAAUGAAGUGUACGUGGAAGAAGCCCCCCCAGAGCCUGCCCUGGACUACCGCCGAGUGCCCCAGUGGUGUGCCACGCUCAACAUCCACCGCGGAGAAGCCACCUGCUACUCGCCCCGGGGAGGCUCAUACCGCAGCAGCCUGGGCACACGCUGCGAGCUGAGCUGUGCACGCGGCUACCGGCUGGUGGGGCCCAGCACCGUCCAGUGCCUGCCCAGCCGCCACUGGUCUGGGAUGGCAUACUGCCGACAGAUCCGGUGCCACGUGCUGCCGGCGGUGCUGCGGGGCUCCUACGUGUGCUCGGCCGGUGUGCAGAUGGACUCCCGCUGCGACUACACCUGCCUGCCUGGAUACCAGCUGGAGGGCGACCGGAGCCGCCUCUGCAUGGAGGACGGACGCUGGAGCGGGAGCGAGCCAAUCUGUGUAGAUAUGGAGCCUCCCAAGAUCCGCUGCCCUGACUCCCGGGAGCGGAUAGCUGAGCCAGGCAAGCUGACUGCUACCGUCUACUGGGAUCCACCCCGCGUGAAGGACUCCGCUGAUGGCAUCAUCAAAAGGGUGAUGCUGCGAGGCCCCGAGCCUGGCUCCGAAUUCCCCGAAGGAGAGCACGUGAUCCGCUACACUGCCCACGACCAGGCGUACAACCGAGCCAGCUGCAAGUUCAGCAUCCGUGUCCAAGUGCGACGCUGCCCUGUCCUGAAGCCUCCACAGAACGGCUAUCUCUCCUGCACCUCUGAUGGCAACAACUAUGGAGCCACCUGCGAGUACCUGUGCGAUGGGGGCUACGAGCGCCAGGGCACAUCUCUGCGGGUCUGCCAGUCCACCCAGCAGUGGACGGGCUCCCAGCCCCUUUGUGCACCCAUGCAGAUCAACACAGCGGUGAGCUCUGCUGCCAGCCUGCUGGAUCAGUUCCAUGAGAAACGCCGCCUCCUCGUCAUCUCAGCUCCUGACCCCUCUAACCGCUACUACAAGAUGCAGAUGUCCAUGCUGCAGCAAGCUGCCUGCGGGCUGGACCUGCGCCAUGUCACCACGGUGGAGCUAGUGGGACAGCCCCCUCACGAGGUGGGACGCAUCCGGGAGCACCAGCUCUCCCUCAGCAUCAUCGAGGAGCUCAGGCAGUUCCUGCACCUCACCCGCUCGCACUUCAACGCGGUGCUGUUGGACAAGGCGGGUGCCGACCGCGAGCGCUACAUCUCCCCCGUCAACCCCGACGAGCUCUUCGUCUUCAUCGACACUUACCUGCUGUGCGAGCGGGAGGCGGCGCGGCGGGCGCAGGGCGGAGAUCCCUGCGAGUGAGCGGCAGCACGGGAGCCCACGCUCCCGGACAGCCCCUCCCGCUGCCGGCCUCGCGGCCCGGACACUUGCCUUUCUGCUUUUCUAGUCACCCACCGUAACGGAGGACCAAGCGAAGGGGAGUGCCUCGGCAGCUGCGCCGGCACAGACAGGCGAGAGGGGACAGGGGCCGUGUGCUGGUGGCAUCCCCGCUGCACAGCAAACAAGUAGCAGCCUCUAGCUGCAGGGUGGGAUGGCUCAGCCUGGCCAGGACCACGGUGGGAGGUAGUGGAGUGCCUCUGGCCAAAGCCUGCGGUAGAGGGGAGAGGGAGGCUGGGCUGCUAGAGGAGAGGGGGCAGGGCAGGCACGGCAGCAGCACCGACAGCCUUGAAUACAGAAGCUUCACCCUCCCCGCGGCCACCCUCAGCCCAUGCACAGCCCGAACCCGCUCCCUCCCACCCUGGGGUCAGCCCUGCUGUCACGGCCCUGACAGCAAGCCCUUGCUCACGGGAAACGGCCCCAUGCUCAGCAAAGCCAGUAGCAGCCUCCAGCCCCCGCCCAGGGCUCACCUUCCCCACCCUACCCUUCGCUUCCCCUUCCAUCAGCCAUGGGGCCGCCCCUCCUGGGAAUUGU